AUUAGAAAACUUCACGAAUUUGCACAUUUUGCGCUGUUUCAUCAUAAAUAUUGAGUACUCAAUGUACAGUUAUUGUAUUUUAAUUAUCUGCUGCGAGCAUUCUACCCUCAAAGGCUUCAGGUUUUUUUGAAGGUUAUCCAGUUUUCCAAACACACAUAUGUUCUACGGUAUAGCGAAAUUUACACUUCUAUGCAAAAGAUGAGCAACGUUGACAAACGAACUACCGCGUGCAAGAAACCCGCAGCAACUGUGCGCGCCUCCCAGCCGGACGAACUAAUAUGUGGGUAUAAGCACGGCGACAAACUUUUACGAAGUUGGCUUGCAUAGUACAAAGUACGAAAUGAGCAUCACGUUUAAGCCACAUUAUUUGCUGUUGUGGCUUCGAUAGAGUCGCUGUUAAAACUCAAAUGCAGCAACUUGUCUGCAUGCCAGCCGUAGCAAUUUGGGCCACAUCCCGGCAGUCACAAUGGAAGCUAUUCAUUUUCUUAUUUUUCCAUAUUUUUAAAUUCAUUGUCAAUUCUAUGCAAAGUUACUUAUGUAUGUACAAAACGUUGUUUAUUUAGCGACAUUGGACCGUUACGCAUGCGCGAGCACAUUCCAUUUAUCAAAAGCCGCCCAAGCAUGUGUACACACAUAAGUAGAUAGACGUGUCGUUUCAAUAUAUUUCGAAAUGUUUAAUAUAUUGAUACUUAGUUUAAAAGAAUGAAAAAUAUUAAAAAAUAAAUGCAAUUGUUAGAUAAAUUGUUUAAAAAAUGAUCUUGUUACGAUAGCAAAAUAGAGAUUUAGGUUUUAAAACUUUUUAAAUUACUUGUAAUACAUUUGUACAUCCUGUUCAACAUAUUUACUUAUAAGUUUAUGCAUUCUGUUCAAUAUAAACUAAGAUGUGUUCAUAUGUGUGUCUGUCCCCAUUGGCGCAAAUUAAAAAUUUCGCUUGUGCUGUUUACAGCGCCAUCUAUACUAUUAACACCUAACUUUUUCGUAUAUUUUGUUUUAAUAAAGCUUUUAUAUUUUAACACUUUGGCAACUCUGAACACAAAAAGCAAACACGAGCCGCAUCGUCAACUUCACGCAGAAAUUAAAGAAAAACAUUGAAGAGUAUACUAAUUUUUUAAUUAUUAAAGUAAUAUUCAAUAUUUAUAAGAGAAAAUAGAUUCGGAGUGGCAAAAAGGCAACAGAAGUUUAAUAAAAAACAGUUUCCACAUACUGUAUACAAAAACACAGCAACAACGUGCCGCGUGGAGCAGCACAUCCAGUUAAUAUAUUUGACAGUAUAUUUAAGCCGCAGCACUGAAUUCGUGCCACGCGCCCCUUCCGCUAGUCCACAGGAUGGUACCAAUAGGUGUUGUACACGGUCACCCAGGCGUGCAUCAACCACAACCAAUGCCCACGGCACCCUCGGGUCCCAACACCCUACAAUCUUCUUCAUCAGCAACAACUAGCACUCCGUCGAACAAGAGUUCAAUGUCUGUAAAACCGAACUAUGCGCUGAAGUUUACUUUGGCUGGACAUACGAAAGCAGUGUCCGCUGUUAAGUUUAGCCCAAACGGGGAAUGGCUAGCUAGCUCAUCGGCUGAUAAACUGAUAAAAAUAUGGGGUGCGUAUGAUGGUAAGUUCGAAAAAACCAUAUCUGGCCAUAAACUCGGCAUUAGUGAUGUCGCUUGGGCAUCUGACUCGCGUCUAUUGGUAAGUGCGAGUGAUGACAAAACGCUUAAAAUUUGGGAACUGAGCUCAGGAAAAUGUUUAAAAACACUUAAAGGACACAGCAACUAUGUUUUCUGCUGUAACUUUAAUCCGCAGUCUAAUCUAAUAGUAUCAGGCAGUUUUGAUGAAAGCGUACGUAUAUGGGAUGUUCGUACCGGCAAGUGCUUGAAGACUCUUCCAGCUCAUUCUGAUCCUGUGUCUGCAGUUCAUUUUAAUCGUGACGGCUCUUUGAUUGUAAGUUCAAGUUACGACGGACUUUGUCGUAUUUGGGAUACAGCGAGUGGACAGUGUCUGAAAACACUGAUUGAUGACGAUAACCCACCAGUAAGCUUUGUUAAAUUCUCUCCCAAUGGAAAGUAUAUUCUGGCCGCGACGUUGGACAACACUUUGAAGCUGUGGGACUACUCGAAAGGAAAAUGUUUGAAAACUUAUACAGGCCAUAAAAAUGAAAAAUAUUGUAUAUUUGCAAAUUUUUCUGUAACCGGGGGCAAGUGGAUUGUGUCAGGCAGUGAAGACAACAUGGUUUACAUAUGGAACCUUCAGAGUAAAGAAGUAGUGCAAAAGCUGCAAGGUCAUACCGACACUGUUCUGUGUACAGCAUGUCAUCCAACUGAAAAUAUAAUUGCUUCUGCAGCGCUAGAAAACGAUAAGACGAUCAAAUUAUGGAAAAGUGAUACUUAAAAUUAUCUGGCCGCUUAUUUUGCUCGGUUGCAUACUUAUAGUUUAUUGAUAAAAUUAGUUUAAGAAAUUAUUAUCAAAACCUUUAAUAUAUAGUAUGUAUCUACUUUUUAAAACAAAAACUCACAUAUAUAUAAAUUCAUCUAUUUCAUUUCUGAUAUGUAUCUGUACGAAGACGAAAUUGUCAUCCAAAUAAAGUUCUGCACCAAGAUUUUCGCGUCUGCGUUCCUCUCUUAACAAACAAAAGAA